AUGUGGUAUAGAUGUAUAAGUCCCAAGUCCCAGGUGCUCAUCACAGCACUUCUCACUUCAGUUCAGAUCUUCCUCAACAUCGGAUGGUUCCUGUAUGAUCCACCUUUCGUCAGCCACAUUUUCCCCACCAGGGAGUCUAGGCUGAGGGUUUGCUCUGGUUUGGGGGAUUUUUCCUACCUCAUCGGUCUCUCCUACCCAUUUGUACUAAUAGGAGUGUGCACAGUUUACGCCUUUCUCACAAGGAAGUGUCCUGACGGGUUCAAUGAAGCGAGACACAUAGGCUUCACCAACUACACUGCUAUCAUCAUUUGGUUGGCGUUUGUGCCAUUGUACAUUGCCUCCACCAGUUACACCAUCAGAGUUGUCACUUUAGCAAUGUCUUUGUCUCUCAGUGGGUUUGUGCAGCUAGGCUGUUUGUUUCUCCCCAAGCUGUACAUAGUGGUGUUCACUCCUGAGAAGAACACGAAGGAGUUGGUGAUGGCUCAUAACAGAACUGCCUCAUUCAGUGUCAACACCCUUUCCAGCAACAUGGCCUCCAACCACACUGACUUGGGCAAUGAGAAUGGUUACAAAAAUCCAUCAUUCACAAACUCGGUUGGGAGUAUUCACAACGAGGGAACUCCACGAACUAUCCGAUUUCACCCUGUCAUAUCUGUAGCCAAGCGUGAAGAUCUUGAUCAUGAAGAUAACAUGUUCCAACGAUCCCACAACAGGAAAUUCACUCCUCCGCUGAGGAAAACUGGAAUAUGUACACAUCCGGGGUGAACACUUCCAUACUUUUAUUUAUCAAGUCAGUCGUUUCAGUAUUCUGUACUCAAGUACCUUGAUGAAUCAUGAAAUUGGAACAAGUUUUACCCCUUCCUUUCUACAUCUCUUAGUAUGUAGUUGUAAAUAUAUAAAUAGUGUAAGUAUUCUUAGUCAAAGUAAGAAAUAAUAAAUACUAAAAUGGAUAUUGUACAAGUUUGACCUUCACCAAGACUAAUUAGUAUAAUUUUUUGGGGAAAAUAUUCUGAAUAUUUUUUGUUUUUGUU